ACAGGAAAAUAGAAGGAAGUCGUGAGUCACGCUCAUAAAUUCCCGGAAUUGUUACUUUCCAGAAAGGUUUUGUUGUAAUUUCUGAGACAUAUUCAAAGUUCUCGUUUGUAUUGGGUAGGCUCGAAAAUUAUUAUUUUUUAUUGCGGUGAAUCAUCGUCUUCUCUCGGUGUUGGUUUUUACUACAACCUUCUAGUUGCGGAAGUUUAUGGAAGUGUCGGAUUCGGUGUAUUACUUUCUAUUAGUGCUCGUUUUAUUGCCAGUGCAUCUGUUUUUCAACCUUUGGUCUUGGCUGGGGUUCGAAUUGUAUAAAAAUAACUAAGCAUGAGUCAGUUCAACGAUAACCCAAAGCUGAAUUUGUUGAAUAUGAAGCACAGUCUGACUCUGGAUUUAAACCAAACAAAAAAGAACCCAAUUUUUUCGCUGAACGGCGUGGAUGUGUUAUCCUCGCCUGAUCUAGUGAAACUAAAAGUGGAUACUCCUGAACUUGAAAACAUGAUAUUAGAUAACCCAUUGCCAAAUACACCAACUCCAUCGUUUCCAUUUCCAAAAAAUGUGACUGCGGAACAGGAACGUUUUGCUGGAGGUUUUGUUGAAGCCUUAAGUAAUCUGCACAACAGCAACUCGCAACAUGGCUCAGACAGCAACUCCAGUACAAUCUACAAUGAUUCUUUCAUACCUCAAAUCAAGGAGGAGCCCCAGAUUGUGCCCAAUAUUGGCAAUAGCCCUCCAAUGUCACCAGUCGAUAUGGAGUAUCAGGAGAGAAUGAAGCUUGAGAGGAAGAGACAGAGGAACAGAUUGGCCGCAUCCAAGUGCCGUUCCAGAAAAUUGGAAAGGAUUUCCAAGCUUGAAGAUAAAGUCAAACAGCUUAAACAGGAGAAUGUGGAAAUUGGCUCAAUGGUGAACCAGCUUAGGGAAACUGUUGGUUUACUGAAGCUUGAAGUCAUUGAGCAUAACAAAGCUGGCUGUCAGAUAGAUUUUUAUUAAUA